CAAACAUCAUGGGAUGAGGGAUCCAAUCCAUCCUUCCCAUGUCGUACGUUUCGGACUUCAUUCUUCUUUUGAUCUAAUAUCAUCCCUCUGAUUGUUUAACAGUUAUUGUUCUUGACAUCUCCAUCCGUCAGAAUUCAAUUAUCCCCCCAACUCAUCUAGGUGUGAACAUGGGACCUGUUUGAUUGAUGCAUGAAUGCUUUUCGAUUAGAUUCAUCCUCUUACAUAACACAGUUUUAACAUCCUUUAACCGAACAUUUCAAUGCGGGGUGGGAUUUUUAAUCGAACAAUAAAGUACCUUGAGAGCUUCUGCAUGGGUAGAGUUAGAAAUCGCUGGUUGUGGUCAGAUUACAGAGUUGACCACCCACAGUUUUGGUGCAGCAGCCGUCCAGCUGCGCAGGAAUAAUAAUCCCUCUGUUUUAAUCUGGUUUAGCAAGAGGCGAUCCAAACCCUGGUCCCAAGGCCAUCUGAGGCCACACAUGUGUGAGAGAGAACAGGUUUCCCUGUGAUUAAUAACAAGUUGUCAACACUUUCUGUAGGUUGUGAGAAAGUGGGAAAAUGAAGCCUUAAAUCUGUGAUUGUUUAAUAUAACCAAAGCAGUAUGACGCAGUUUCAAAUUGUGAGAACAAGCUGGUGGGAUUUAUACAGACACUGCUAUGAUUAUUUGGCCCUCUUGUGCUCAUAUGAUGUUUAUUUGUGCAGAGGCAGCCUGGGUUUUAGUGGCGAAGGCCUAAAUAGUAGGGAUUAUUGCUUGACUCUCCCUCUCUUAGCCUAUUUUUCAGCAUCAACCUCUCUGGAUUUCAUUUCAUUCUCCGUUGUUGUGCUGACCAUCAAACAUGAGCACAGCAGGUGUUCAUCGAGGAUUCCUCAGAAAAUAUGGGGGCUUCAUGUUUAAACACUGGAAAGAAAAAUACCUUGUGCUCACUAUGGAGGGAAGCCUGUUGGUUUGCCGGGAUGCACUGUCCCCCCCUGACCAGGUGGUGGCGCUACAAAGCUGUGAGUCGAUCGCUGAGGGAAGAGAAAUCCUUGACCUGCCCAAGUUACCCCCAGGUGGCAGGAGGGAUUGCUGCUUUGCCCUCAUUCUGCCACAGAACAAGUUCCUGCUGCUUCUGUCUGACAGCCCUGAUGACUGCAAUCUUUGGCUGAAGCUGAUCAGGAAGGUGAGAGAGGGUGUGAUGUCUCCACUGCUCCUCCAGAGACAACAAAGCCUCGCUCCCUGCAUCACAGACAGAGAGCCGCUGCCCGACUCCUCCAGUGAUAAAGACCCCGGCUCACCCAGGGUUGGUGGGAUAACGCCACUUCUGUCCCGGGUAACUGAGAGGGGAGGCUCCCUCAGAGACAGACACCAAGGAGUUGGACUGAGGCAGCCUCAGCGGAGUGUGUCUGUGGCCCCUCCUCACCGGGUUUCUGAUUGCCUUCGUCAUGGUAACAGCAGUGAUGCCCGGGCAGUUAGGGCAGUAUGUUUGCUGAUGGGUGGGGCAGCGGCCUCCUCCGCUUUGGGCUACCUCAGUUCCUGCUCCCCCACUACGCCCCUGGCCACCGGAGCCCCAGAGAUUGCUGAAGGCUCAGGAACCUUCUCAGAUCUUCCCACAGGAGGCUCCUUCCAUGCCUGCAGCCAGGAUGUAGACUCCCCGCAUUUUAACAGCUUCGACUUUGAAGGAGACUCCGACUUUGAUGCAUUUGACUGCGGAGGAUUUGCAUUUUAAUUGUGAGCAACUAUAAAAAACACUGUUUAUAGAACCAGAUUUCUCAACAGUCUCAGUACAAAGUGGUAAUCUAAACUUUUUGCUGUUGAAUAAAUAAGUCAUCUUUAAUUCUAAUGUAUAUUUUUAUUUAUUUUUCUUGGCUUUACACCCAUGCUUAUAGAAUAAAUAGUUGAUCAUCUU